AUGCAGGUGGUAGCCGACAUAGACUAUCGUCCAGAGUUCCCGAAUAACGACUACCACAACGACCCUCCACCAAGAACGACUACCACAACGACCCCUCCACCAAGAACGACUACCACAACGACCCUCCACCAAGAACGACUACCACAACGACCCUCCACCAAGAACGACUACCACAACGACCCCUCCACCAAGAACGAACUACCACAACGACCCUCCACCAAGAACGACUACCACAACGACCUCUCCACCAAGAACGACUACCACAACGACCCUCCACCAAGAACGACUACCACAACGACCCUCCACCAAGAACGACUACCACAACGACCCUCCACCAAGAACGACUCCACAACGACCCUCCACCAAGAACGACUACCACAACGACCCUCCACCAAGAACGACUACCACAACGACCCCUCCACCAAGAACGACUACCACAACGACCCUCCACCAAGAACUACUACCACAACAACCCUCCACCAAGAAAGACUACCACAACGACCCUCCACCAAGAACGACUACCACAACGACCUCCACCAAGAACGACUACCACAACGACCCUCCACCAAGAACGACCACCACAACAACCCUCCACCAAGAACGACUACCACAACGACCUCCCACCAAGAACUACUACCACAACGACCCUCCACCAAGAACGACUACCACAACGACCCUCCACCAAGAACGACUACCACAACGACCCCUCCACCAAGGGCGCCCUCUACCCUCCCACAACCUGAGGCCAUUUCAUCUCGAAUAACUUUAAUUCAGUAA